UUUAGCACCAGUCCAGGAAGUAGACAGAGGUCUGUGUGGCCCUGAGAAGCUAAGAACAAUAGAGAGGCUGGUAGAUGACCUCUCGGUGGCUCUGUCCCAACACUUUCCACGAAUGUGGUCAUAUCUAAGUUCUCCUGCUCUGGACUCCAACACAGCUCACCCAAAAUUAGAAAUAUCCCAGGACAGGAAACAAGUGUACUGGAGAAGGCAGCCUGUCCGUGAAGCUCUGAGCCCCCAGCCAUAUGACUCCCAGUACAGUGUCCUGGCUCAGGAGUGUUUUACUACUGGCCAGCAUUACUGGGAGGUCAUUGUCCAGGAGAAACCUUACUGGCUAAUAGGUGUGACCACUGGGCCAGUCAAUAAAAAAGAUCGUCAAAGUCAGAGUUCCUCCAGCCUGGGUGUGAAUAACACAUCCUGGUGCAUCUACCAUGGAGAGGGACAGUACCUGGCAUGUCAUGAUACCCAGGAGAAGCAGCUGUCAGUGGGAAAGAGAGUUAGAAAGCUGGGCAUACUGGCAAAUCUCCAGAAGGGGGAGCUGUCAUUCUAUGACGCUGAUGUUAUGACCCUGCUUCACUCUUUCUGUGUGCAGUGCACAGGGCCUCUCUACCCCAUGUUAAACCCAUGCAUUGAUAUGAAUGGACUGAACAGGCAGCCUCUUACUUUGUUUUGUAUUAAGGACCCCUGGGAUUGGCAAGUAAACACAAAUGGGGGUAAAGAGGAAACUUAGGGGACAAUGCACUGUAUUUUUUCUUGUUUAGUCUAUUGUUUGCAUGAUGCUGUAAAACAUGUGAGGCUGUCAAAUAAUAUGACCAUCAUCAGUUUCACUGCCUGGAACUGUUCCAAGUAAAACUAAAACUAUGAGCAAGGAAUUGGCCUACCUCUUAAAAGAAGUCACAGUUGGAGCUGAGAUAGAUGAUGAACAUACGUUUCUCAUUACCAGCAGCAAUAGGAGAGAGAGGCUUAAAUUCUGUGAUAUGGUCUUCUGGUAUUAUGUUAUUUUGAUCCUAUAUUGAUGUUUUACAGAAAGCUGUUGAGUAAGAAGUAUAGCUGAGAGUAGAUAUUUUUAACUGUUUGUCUAUUCUAUAGUCAUAUAGGUGUUUCUAUGUUACCUUUUCCGUGACUGCCGUUGUCAUGUACAGUGGAUAUACAUCAACUGAUUUUGGGUGCACCCUCAAACAGCACUUUUGUUCUGUGGUAAAGUCUGGUUGGUCAG